AUCGUCUUGUUCGUCUAUAGACCGAACCUUGGUGCUCUCUCUCUUUCUCUCUCUUUCUCUUUCUCUGAGCAGCAGCGAUGAUCGGGGCGGGCAAGAUGAAGCAGUACGGGAACGUCCUCGAGAAACCCCUCAGCAAGGGCCGCCAUGAGGUUAGCUUGAGCGCCUUUGCUUUCCUGUUCUCGGAGUUAGUGCAGUACAACCAGACGCAGGUCGACAACAUCGCUGAGCUUGAGCGGAGACUAGAGGAUGCUGGCUAUGCUGUUGGAGCAAGAGUUCUUGAACUUCUCUGUCAUAGAGAGAAGGGAAACAGAAGGGAGACGCGAUUACUUGGGAUUUUAUCUUUUGUACACAGCACAGUUUGGAAAGUUCUCUUUGGGAAGGUAGCUGAUUCACUUGAAAAAGGAACUGAGCAUGAAGAUGAGUACAUGAUCAGUGAAAAGGAACUUCUUGUGAACCGAUUUAUAUCCAUACCUAAAGAUAUGGGAACAUUCAAUUGUGGGGCAUUUGUUGCUGGUAUUGUCAGGGGUGUCUUGGAUAGCGCAGGAUUUCCAGCUGUUGUAACAGCACAUUUUGUACCCAUGGAGGGCUUGCAACGGCCGCGAACUACCAUUCUUAUAAAAUUUGCUGAAGAGGUGAUCAAGAGAGAAGCAAGACUUGGCUAACCAUCCUGUUGGAGAUCACAUUGCCAAGGUGCAUGCAUGACAUCAAGAGCCAUUUAUUAUUAAGUUCAGUGUGUAGAUGGAAAUCAUUCUGCAUUGUUUUCGGAAGAUGCUUCUACCCCAUCCUCUUUCAUCUCCCUGCAUACUUUGCAUGCUCGCUGGCACUGACAAGGUUUAUUUGAUGCUCUGAAAAAUCUCAUUGUACCACACCUUUAGUUGAGCUAAAACAAGAACAAUUGUUAUACCUAAUGCUCUCGAUUGAUCAAGCCUUGUCGUACUUAGUUGAUCAAUUGCCACUUGUGAAUCAGAAUUCUCAAAACUAUUGUUUUCUAGGGUUUGUAUCUUAACUUGUGAAGAAUCAUAAGAAACAGUAUCAAUCUUUUUUUUUC